AUGGAGUGGGAAUUCAACUUGCUCCUCUACCUGGCGCUUUUCUUCUUUCUGCUCUUCCUGCUCUUCCUGCUGCUCUUCGGGGUCAUCAAGCAGCUGAAGAAUUCCGUGGCCAGCACGGGGGCUCUGCAGCCCGGGCGCCACUCGCUGCGGGAGCCCUGGGGCUUCUGCCGCGAGCAAGCCCUGUGA